GUAGAAUGUAUGGACGUUUUCACUGGUAGAGAGAAAACUUUAUUGUAAUCAACAGAAGAACAGUUUCUUAACAGAUGUUAAAUUUUCUCUCAUAUAAUACCGUCAAAACUAAGGCCGGUAUUGUACGAAUUUUAUCUACAAUUUAUAGUAAAAGUCAUCAGAAUACGGAAUUACCAUCAGCAUUAAAAUUAUCAGUAUCCUCUGUGAGUGUAAUGCAUGACGUAACAAACCACUGAACCAGAUGUCAGAAUUCUGCCCACUUUGCUUCUCUAAGGGCCGAAAAUCUGUGUUGAAGUGUUUUCAAAUUAAUCUCACAGAAGCAGCCAGAAUGUGUGUGGAUGCCAAGUGCCCAUAUCCAUUUGGACUGAAAUACUGUGAUACAUUUGUAAAUCAGAAUUUCAUGGCCAUGUUUAUGGAUGAUGAUGUAUUGGACACGGUAUCUCACUCAGAGUCAGUUCCAUUCUUCUCCUCAGAUGAAAUGAAUGUGAUCAAAACUGAACCAGUUAAGGAUGCCAACUUACCAAGUACAGCCCAGUCACUACCAAACAAAGAAAAUGUAAAGAAUUAUGAUUUAAUGGACAAGUUAGAUUUUGAUGUUUUCUCCAGUACAAAUAUGAAAGAUGUGGACUUCAGUUUUGAUCCAGAAUUUGAAAGUUUGUUUGAAAGCAUCAUAGAAGAUACAGUUGGUGACAGUCAGAAAGUUUUAUCAGCAGGCAAUGACUUUGAGGAACUGAACACUGGAUUAUCAGCAGAUACUGGCUUUGAGAAAUUGAGCACUGACAGUUUUGAUGCUCAGACUGGAGGAAAAGAAGCAAAUAGUGUCAUGUCAAAAGUUCAACCAAACCUCCUGUUUGCAGAGACUGACAAAAAUAAAGAUAAUAGUUUGGUGAUGACUGAAUCAUAUCAGUCAGGAUUCACAGAUAUUUGUUCUGAAAGGAAAGAGACAAGCAGCUAUUCUGGGGACACUCAGCAGAAUAUAACAGUGGCUCACAAAUAUGAAAUUAUACCUAUCUCAAACCAAAGUCAGGAAUUAGCUUUAACUUCAGAUUAUGAUGAAUCAAAACAUGGUGACCACACUGCUGCAAGACAGUCAUUACUAAAUAGAUUGUCAUCUCCUGCAACAGUAACCUUGCAAACUCUAGACAUUUCUCAGCAUGAAGUGGACUUAGAAUCUGUACACUCAAAUGAUUUAGCAGUGCAUGAUAAACUACAAACAGGUGAUGGGCAACUUAUGAACUCUUUACAGUCUGUCACAGAAAGUAAGAUCAGAGUGGGUGAAAGUUUUAAUUUAAAUUCUGCGAAUUCAUCUUCACCAGAAAAAUCAAUUCAGUUCCUUAGUCAUACUCAAAUUUCUCAUUCCAUGACAAGUGGUGAUAAUAUUGCAACUGGAAACAUGUCAGAUGUUAUGACUGCAGAAGUUGGUAUACCUGGCAUGACACCUUGUUCAUUGAGAGAAAUACGUGACCACUCAUACUGCAAAGUAAAAGAUGAUGAUUCUGUUUCAAUUUCACCAGAGAAAUUUGACUUGAUUAUUUGCGACAAAACUUCAUAUUCUGUAAACAUUGUUGAUAAUAUUGUUACUGGAAAAAGUAUGGGUGAUAUGUCUGCAGAAGAUAGUAUACCUGUAUUAACACCUUGUCCACUGACAGAGGUACAAGGCCAUUCAUACUCCAAAAUAAAAGAUGAAGAAACUUUGAAUGAUCAGUCAAAUGUUGAGACAAGCCAUUUAGUUAUCACAGAAAAUUUAAUUCCAGUGAUGACUGACAUUCAUGAUAUGACUUAUACCUUUCCUGUAACAAAUGUUGGAGACUUGACUGUUGAAAUUGUGAAUAUGGUGUUGCAUGACAUACCUGUGGCAGAAAAUAUAACAAUUGUAUCACGUGGCAUGAAGAGUGUGCCCUCUGGCACUGAAGUUACAGAAGCAGCAAUUAAAGAGUUGGAUUUGGAGACAAAUACAGCAGAAAAUAUGUUGUCAGCCAUAAAUAAUAUUGCAGGUACAAGCCAGCUGCCUUCCAUAACAAAUACAGUUAUUGAAGGAACAGUAACAGAUGUAAAUCAGACAGCGAUUUUAGGGGAUCAUGUGAAGCCAGACAAGUUAGCUGCAGCAUCAUACACCUGUAUUCCUGAAGUAGCAGUUAAAGCAAUUAACAUAAAGUCAAAUAAUGAACCUGUUCCACAGUGUACAGACUUGGAUGUUCAAGAGAGGCAACCCCUAACAAGUACAGUUAAACACAUUGCAAACAGUGGGAAUAAUGUAGGAAUAAAUUGUUCUCAACAUUUAAUAGUUAAUUCAGAUAUUGAACAAAAGGGAAGUGGAAAUAGAUCUGAUUUACAAAAGAACAAUCUCUUCUCUCUUAGCAGAUCAAGGUCUAUAGAGAGGAAGAUAAACAAUGACUUGAAAGUGGAUGGGCCCCAGUAUAGUUUUGCCACUAAUGUGAAAAUCCAGGGUGAUUUGACUAGCUCUGGAAUGUCAAAUGGGGCAGAUGUUGAGAAUUUCAUAGUAGAUGACAGUAAAAAGCAAAUAAUCCCUCCACAGAUUGAGAACAUAGAAGGCAAUUCCAAUUUGUACAUCAACAAGUGCAAGGAGAAUAUGCCAUUCAGUCUCAGAAAGUUGGGAAGUAAGGAAGCAUCUGUUACAUACUUGAAACCUCAGGUUUCAUCAUUAUGUCCCCCUCAUCAGCAGAACUUCAGUAGCUCCCAGACUCUUUCUUCAGAAUCUUCAGCAUCUGUUGCUCACAUGGGGGAAAAAUGUGGAACAGCUGUACCCAUAGCAAAACAGAACAAAUCAAUUAGAAAAGGGAAAAACCAUGCUGAUUCAGGUAGUGGUUUAAAGUCUUAUGUGUUUUCACAUAGCAUUAGCAAAGAAAAGUUUGCUGGGUUCACUUUUGAAAAACCUUUUGUGCCACAAGCAAACCUGAAAACAUCCUCUAAAAAAGAAAACAGUUCAAAAGCAAAACGAACUUCAAAGGGAAUGAAGACACACACAGGGCUGAAAAAAGUAUUAUCAACACUGGCAUACCAUCCAUGUCCUGAUCCUUCAACUCCAAGCACAUCCAGCACCGAUUCCAGUGACAGAGUUGCAGUGUUGGAAAACCAGUGUAGUGUUGCAGAUGAUCCAAUGGAAAAUGUAAGUGAAAAUACAAGUGUUGCAGAUCAUACAUUUGUUAGGAAAGAAUCUGUUCAUGAAGGUCCAGAUUGGCUUCAACAGUUACUGAUGUAAGAUGAAUUUGAAUCAAUUUUAUAUUAAAGUUGUUUCAUUAUUUCAAACCAGUUUGAGAUGGAUAAUGAAUGUGUGUGUAAAUUCAUGUUUUGUAAUCCAUAUACCUGAUCAGUUUUCUGUAUAAGCAUAGCCAUAUUUAGAAGGGGUGGGAGAUUAUAAGUUGGGGCCCCUUCAAGAAAUCUGUUGAUGAAAUAUAUCUGUGGCAACAGGGAAGUUAAUAUGUGACUGUAGAUAAUGAGAUGUAGUUUUUAACUGAUUUUUAAAAAUACUCUGUUCAAAAAUGUAUCUAGUUAUGUAUGUGUGUAUAUUUACCCCAUUUAUUCAGAACUAGCAGAAGCCUAAUGCUGCCCCAGGUGAUGAAAAAUUCCACUGCCCUUCCUUAUCCUCUCUGUACUGAAACUGACUUAAUGACUUUGAAGGAAUCAAGAAGAUACAAGUAGUCAAAUGCUAAAAGAAACUCCACACAGUGAUUCCCAUUUGUUAUAUUUCCCUCCCAUAGUGGGAGUCCCAUCAUUCCCAUAUUUCUGUCUGUUUUGCAAGUGAAUUGCUAUGUGGUGUUAUUGCUGGCUUGAUGUCACAGAAUUAGACCGUAGUGUCAGUGCUGCAGUUCAUAAUUUUAUUUAUAUUGGUGCAUGGCAUGUUUAAAUGACUACCGUAUAAGAUCAUGUAUGAGAAAGAGAUCUACAAAAGAUUAAAAUAUGCCACCCCAGAUGGCUGUUUUGUUUUGCUGGCUAUGUAUUUAUUAUGAAACUGAUGUUAUCAUGACUUUCUAUGAAUUAAAAGUAUAAAGUAACAUGUA